CAGCCCGGCCCGGCACCGCCCGGCACGGCCGAGGGGCGGCCCCGGGCGGAGCGGAGCGCCGCUGCUGCCGCUGUGCCGCCGCUGCCAUGUUGUGCGGGGGUGCCUCGGCGGCCCGGCCCGCCACCGAGGAGACGCAGCGGAUCGCGGAGCAGGUAAAAGCUCAGCUAGAAGAAAAAGAAGGGAAGACCUUUGAUGUCUUCACUGCAGUGGAGUUUAAAACUCAAUUGGUUGCUGGAACAAAUUACUUCAUCAAGGUCCACGUUGGGAAUGAGGAGUUCCUGCACCUGCGGGUGUUCAAGAGCCUCCCCCACGAGAAUGAGCAGCUGAGCCUCCACAGUUACCAGGGCAGCAAGACAAAGCAUGAUGAACUGGCUUAUUUCUAGCAACCUUCUCUGCUGUGUUUCCCUUGCUGGUUCUUAUGUGCAUUUUCUACAGGCUGCAAAAUGUUGAUUCCUGUGCCAGCAAAGGUGGAAAAGAGUGUUUUUUGGUUUUUUUUAUCAUGGUGGAAAAAUCAAUUUCUUUUAUGCCAUUCUCUUCCUGUGCAAUCUCCAAACUUGAAAGUCACAGGGUUCUCCUAUUACCUGCACUAAUGUAAAUCCUACUUUUAUUGCAACUUAGCUUAGGCUUUAGUGCAACUUAAUGAGAAUACUGUUUGUGGACUUCCUUGAUCUGGAAAUCAGAAGGGGAAUGACACCAGCACUCAUAUAUUUGCAGCAAGGAACAAGAGUGUUGUUUUAUAACUGUGAAUAUAUGUGUAGAUUUAAACUGUACUUUGUAUUUUAUGGGCAAAGACCUAAUGAGAGACUCGACCUGAAGCGAUUUUGUAAGGAAGAGAAAGAGGCUUGCAGUAGUUAGAAACAAACAUUCCCUUGGUAAUCAUGCUCAUCUUCUUGCAGCAGUAGCAUGUAAUGUCCUGUAGAGGGUGUGUGAGUUUAAAAUACCAAACCAGCUUGUUUAUGUUCUUGGUCCUAUUGCAAAGUCCUGGAAAGGAACUUAAGCUGGAUGAGCAUUUAUGCAUUUAUAACAAUAAGCAUUUCUUUUGACUUGAGAUGGCAUCUUUGACUGGUGCUUUAGUGUUCUCUUCUUUGGUUUUCACUAUUGGUUAUUAUCUUGCUCAGCUUUUUUUUCCUUAAAUGUUUUUUAUAUUCCAGCUUUUUUCCCUUAAGUAUUUUUUAUAUUCCAGGUAAGGUUAUGUUUAUUCUAUGUCUUAAUUGGAAAUACUUUGUUUUAGUCUUGUGACAGACAUGAAAGAUAACAAGAUCCCUGCAGGUAUAUCAGCAGCAAAAUGAAAAUACGGACAAUAUUAUUUUAUUUACUUAUUUUAUUUACUGUUAUGGGCAGAAUCCCCAUAGGAUUUGCAGAGGUGAGGCACUGCAACACAUCAUGUCUUAGAAGUAGGUCAGAGGGUCUUCCUUGCUUUUGCCAGUCUGAAAACCGACAAGGCUGGGACCUGCGUUCUCAUGAGGAAGACUCUCAAACACCUUCAAGUGGACAUACUCACCAUCAGAAACCUGGACCUAGAAACCAAAAGAAUAGGCAAGUGAGGAUCAUGGGCUCAAAGCAGGUUCAAACAAAAGGCUGUUUCUUUACAUUCUUGAAAGAACAUCUUUGCCAGGAUCUUAAUUUUAGAUGUACUUUCAUUUUUACUUCAACAGCUCUUACCAAAGUUUGGAUAGUAACUGGUGGCAGAAACUGUCUACACCUGUAGAAAACUGUAUUAAAAACCCUCAGACUCAGGUGAAGGGAGAAUGAGCAGAACUGCUUGGGUGUGGAAGCACCAGAAGAUGCAACAGGAGACAGGUUUUGAUGGUGUCUGGUUUCAGUCACCAGGAUGUCAGCACAUUUGCUCACAGCCUCCUGAUACACUCGUAGGAGACAAUGAGGAAAUCUCCAUGAUUUGGGGGGUGGGACACAGUGCAAACACCAUGUCACCUCCCAAAGGGUACAGAAAGAUCUAAUACAUAAAGACCUGCACAUGGUCCUGAGAAGCAAUGACAACCUGAAAGCCAGGAUCCCUGGUCUGCAGAGUUAUUCCAAACACAUCAGUGCCUGAACAGGGAACCUGACAUACCCCAGUGCUUUUGGGAGUGCAUGGGAGUGCCUGCAAUAAAUACUCUUCCAAAGAAAUUUGUCUUCCCUCCUAGAAAGUCCUCACAUAAAGACUUGGUAGGAAGCUGUAAAAUUUCAUUCUUAGAGAGCCAAACACAACAGGUGCCAAACUCUCCCUUGGUGAGGAACAUGGCAACUUUAAUGCCUUAGGCUCCAAAAAGUUUUUACGUGCUUUCUGGUGGCUGUAGUGGGGCACUAUGCUUGGUCUGGGUUCCAGCUCAGCUGUAAGUCUGCUGGUGAAACAUCAGUGAGGUGGAAGAUUCAGAAAUAUAAAAGAAUGAAUCUUGUUUAAUGCUAAAAUGAGGAACUGUUUUCCAUCACUAGUAAAAUUGGGAAAGAAGAGACAAAUCAUCCAUUUCCAGUGCUACAAAUUAAUUUCUUCAAAGUUCAGUAAUACAUCAAUCUUUGUUCCUGAGUUGAGAGUUCUUUUAAGGAAGCACCUGGGAAAGAAGAAGGUUUGGCAGCAUCUGUCCUUCCUGAUAUCAACUAAGUAUGAGAAGUAUGGAGCUAAUGCUCGCAGUGUCUCUCUGCAGAAUUACUCUCCCCCUGACUUUACAGGCCAAUUCCUCUAACAAAAGAAUUAUUCCCAUUCCCUUGGAAUACGACAUGCCCUGUCAGGCACAUGCCCACGCACACAUGAGGUUUCAGCAGUCACAGGCCAUGCCUGCUCUGCUCCGAAGGCCAGCCUGCUGCUCAGCAGUGCUUGCUGGCCUUCAGAGGAAAAAUACACCCAGCCAUUUCUUCUGUGCUACUUCACAGCAAGCUGCUCACAUCCAUCGGUCAGGGUUUCCAGUAGAGGAGGAAUGGUGCUAUCAGAGGGCUCCAAAUUAAGCAUUACCCAUUUUUCCUCUGCAGCAGAGAGGGGGUUUUGAAAAUACAGAAAGAACCAGCAGGCAGGCUGUACCUCUGCAGCACCUGACACAGAACCAAAACAUCAACACACCUACUUGCAUGCAAAACUAGCCAGCAGAUGUGUGUACUGCAUUAUCUUUCCAUUGGUUCCUUAAGCUGAUUUCAAUUUCAUCCCAACAAACACAACUGAAGGACUCGGAUAUUAUUCUGCCUUGAAAGGAAACAGGGGACUAGUUAUACUCAUUGAAAUAAUUUGAGUUGGGAAAGCAAUCUAUAGUCCUUGAGGGGGAUGAUCCCAAAAAGCUUACCAGUCACAUCUGAAUAAGCACAGCACAUUUUUUGUAUUCCUGCUUACAGUAGUGCCAAACAGAGGAAUUUAAUAAGCAUUUGGAGGUAGUCCCCACUUCUGUUACUCAGACAGUUUCCUAUUAUGUUUGCUCUCUUGCUAGCUGUAAGCCACUCUGCCAGUCACCUGUAUAAUUUCAUUCCAAAACACUCCCUCCUACAAGAUAUACAAACCUUAAUAAAGUACAUUGUCCCAGCAA